AUGGCUGUCGAAAUGUUUAAAAACAAGGAAUUCUCAUCUGCGUAUGAAAAGUACAUGUUACCAGUCGCCAAUGAGGUCAUCACUCUGAUUUUAUCAUAUAUAGAAAAGAAGACAAAACCUAAACCCUAUGAGAUGGCAGUUGAUAUUGGAUGUGGUACUGGUAGAUAUACAUUACCUUUGGCACCUCACUUCCAUAAGGUGCUAGGGGUAGACAUCAGUCAAUCUCAAAUAGAUGAGGCCAGGAGAUCUUCUUCAUUUGAAAAUGUGACUUACCAGGUUUCUCCAGCUGAGAACUUACCACUAGAAGAUGCAUCUGUAGAUCUUGUGACUGUUGGACUUGCUGUUCAUUGGUUUGAUUUGGACAGAUUUAUGCUUGAAGUUGUUCGGGUACUGAAGCCCAAAGGCUGUCUAGCUGUACAUGCUUUUUAUCCAGUCUUUAGAGUAGAGUAUAAAGGUUACUCUGAGGCACUAACUGGCAUCAUGAAAGAGAUGAUGGACACCAUUUCUAAAUACUCUGACAAAAGCGAUGCAUUUUUGCUAUCCCAAUAUAAAGACAUAUUCAAUGCUGUACCAUUAGAAGAUAAGAAGUGGGUCACUGAUAUACCUGUUGUGUUUGAAAGGUCAGUCAAAGAAUUAAUAGGGUUUAUCCAGUCUAUUUACAUGUACCAGGAUUUUCUAACGAAGGAUCAAGAUGGCGCCACAAGAUUCCUGAAAUACAUGGAGCAGAGGUUCCAUGAUGUUCUGGGUGAAGAAACGGAUUCAGCCACCAUGAAGGUCCAAGUCAAACAUUAUUGUGUCUUGGCUUGCAAGUCUUAA